AACGACCGUGCAAAUACAAGUCUCCGAAGAUCUUUUUAGUACACGGUGACUCUUCACAGCCGCCGCAUGUUUGUUAUGCAGUCUCAGAAAUAUAAGGCGAUGCGGCUCUUACAGAAUUCUUCAGAGUUCCACGGAGAGACGCCACAGGCAGUUGAUGUGGAUUUAAUUUAGUAAUUUGGAGGACGGAAUCUAUUUGUUGGAAACAAGUGAUUGAACAUACUGAAGCAAAACUGUCUUCAAAAUGAGCGUGGUUGGAUUUGAUUUUGGCAAUGAGAGCUGUGUUGUUGCUGUUGCAAGGCAAAGAGGGAUUGAUAUUGUACUCAACGAUGAAUCAAAGCGAGAGACUCCUGCUGUUGUAUGCUUCGGCAACAAACGGCGGUUCCUUGGAACAGCAGGUGCUGCAUCAAGUAUGAUGAAUCCAAAAAAUACAAUCUCUCAGAUAAAGAGACUUAUUGGGCGGCGGUUUUCAGAUCCUGAGCUGCAACAAGAUCUGAAGGUGUUGCCAUUUACCAUUACUGAAGGCCCUGAUGGAUACCCACUGAUCCAUGCACGAUAUCUGGGAGAAAUCCGAACAUUUACGCCAAUCCAAGUAUUGGGAAUGGUUUUCUCAAAUCUGAAGAGUAUAGCGGAGAAAGAUUUGAGUGCAGCUGUUGUUGAUUGCUGUAUUGGUAUACCUAUUUAUUUUACUGAUCUUCAAAGAAGAGCUGUUAUGAAUGCUGCCACCAUUGCAGGUUUGCACCCUCUCCGGUUGAUUCACGAAACCACUGCAACGGCUUUGGAGUAUGGAAUUUACAAGACGGACUUACCUGAGAAUGACCAACUAAAUGUUGCAUUUGUUGACAUUGGCCAUGCCAGUAUGCAAGUUUGCAUUGCUGGCUUCAAGAAAGGCCAGCUGAAGAUAUUGGCACAUUCAUUUGAUCAAUCCUUAGGUGGCAGAGAUUUUGAUGAAGUUCUAUUCCAGCAUUUUGCAGCGAAGUUCAAGGGAGAAUAUAAGAUUGAUGUAUUCCAGAAUGCUAGGGCAUGCCUCCGGCUUCGUGCUGCUUGUGAGAAACUGAAGAAAGUUCUUAGUGCAAACCUAGAGGCACCUUUGAAUAUAGAGUGUUUGAUGGAAGAAAAGGAUGUUAGGGGUUUCAUUAAGAGAGAAGAGUUUGAACAAAUUAGCUCUCCAAUCUUGCAACGUGUGAGGAAGCCAUUGGAGAAGGCUCUUUCAGAAGCUGGUCUAAUGGUGGAGAAUAUGCAUGCGGUUGAGGUUGUUGGUUCAGGCUCUCGCAUCCCUUCCGUAAUCAAGAUAUUGACUGAAUUCUUUGGCAAAGAGCCUAGACGGACAAUGAAUGCAAGUGAGUGUGUUGCUAAAGGCUGUGCUUUGGAGUGUGCAAUCCUCAGCCCCACAUUUAAAGUGCGGGACUUCCAGGUCAAUGAGUGUUUUCCAUUCCCCAUUGCUUUGUCGUGGAAAGGUGCCAGUCCAGAUGCUCAGAAUGGAGCAAUUAAUCAACGAAGUACCAUUGUCUUUGGAAAGGGGAACCCGCUGCCAAGCAUCAAGGCUUUGACAAUUUAUGGAUCAGAAACCUUCACAAUUGAUGUUCAAUAUGCUGAUGUCCCUGAACUGCAGGCAGCAGCGAAGAUCAGCACGUACACGGUGGUUGGCCCUUUCCAAUCCAAAAAGGGUGAACGGGCAAAACUGAAGGUGAAAGCUUGUUUAAAUUUGCAUGGAAUUGUAUCAGUUGAAUCAGCCACACUUUUGGAAGAAGAGGAAUUUGAAGUUCCAGUUGGUAAAGAACAAGGAAAAGAAGCUACUGAGAUGGACACAGAUAAACCUCCAAGUGCUGCGCCACCUCUGGCAGCUGAAAAUGAUGUAAAUAUGCAUGAUACUAAAGCUGAUGCUACUGGGGCCGAGAAUGGUGCCCCAGAGACUGUUGACAAGCCUGUUGAAAUGGAAACAGAUGCAAAGGUUGAGGCUCCAAAGAAAAAGGUUAAGAAAACAAAUGUUCCUGUGUCUGAGAUUGUUUAUGGAGGUAUGGCUCCUGCAGAUGUAAAAAAAGCUGCAGAGAAGGAGUUUGAAAUGGCUUUGCAGGAUCGAGUUAUGGAGGAAACCAAAGACAAGAAGAAUGCUGUUGAGGCCUAUGUCUAUGACAUGAGGAACAAACUUCAAGACAAAUAUCAUGAAUUUGUUACUGAUUUGGAGAAGAGGGAAGCAUUUAUUGCUAAACUCCAGGAGGUUGAAGAUUGGUUGUAUGAAGAUGGUGAGGAUGAGACCAAAGGCGUGUAUGUCGCCAAGCUUGAGGAGCUCAAGAAGCAAGGUGACCCCAUUGAAGAGCAUUACAAGAAGCACGCUGGGAGGGGAUCAGUGAUUGAUCAACGUGUUUACUGUAUCAACAGUUACGGGGAGGCAGCAAUGUCAAAUGAUCCUAGGUUUGAUCAUAUUGACUUGGCAGACAAGCAGAAGGUUCACAAUGAACGCGUGAAAGCCAAAGCUCCGUCGAGAGAGAAAAAGAAGCAGCAAGACUCGCUGCUGAAGCGUGCAACUCCAGUUCUCUUAUCAGCUGAUGUUAGAAGGAAGGGUGGUGAAUCCAUUCAGAGGUUUUGCAGGUCAAUAAUGACAAAAGCUAAGCCAGCCAAGCCAGGUACACCCGAAACACCGUCACAAAUGCCUUCCCAAGGAAGUGAACCACAUUCCAGGGGUGCUGACCAAGACACCACCAAUGCCAAUUCUAGCCCAAGGGACAAUCCUGGAGCUGCCAACAGUGAGGUGCCACCAGCUUCAGCAGAGCCUAUGGAAACUGACAAGUCCGAGGCUGCGCCUGGUGCAGUGUAAACUACGACGGGUUUGUUUAGGCAAAAAGUUGCGGAUAUGCUACUUUUGUGCAGAAUAGCCUUCUGGGGGUCCGUGGUUAAAAAAGGCUUUGGUUGCUUGAGAUUGUGUAUAUCUGAAAGGACUUCCUAUGAUUAGCUGGUUUGUGGGAAAUUUAAUCGGUGGAGGUAAUAUCUAAGAAUCCAGAUGGAUGUGUAAGAAAAAUUUGCCUUAUCCUUUCCUUCUGUUUGAAAUAUCUCUACUGUCCGAGGGUUUCCAAGUGUGUUAAGCGUUCAUCCUCCGUUUCUAUUUUGUGGGGAUCUAUUCUGCAUUGCAUUUAACUUCCUGUUCGGGGCUACGAUUUGUCAACUGAAAGGAAAAUAAAACAAUUUAUGAACAUGGAAUAUCUCCUUUUCAAUGAAUAUUUGAUCUUCUGAAA